AAUACAUCCUUUGUUCUUACAAUGUAAUUUUGCUAUUUUAGCUAUUCUUUGUGUGACGCUUAGGAUCACGCCACAUUUUGCAUUAGAGAUAAGUAAUGUUAUAAAUUCUCAGAUGCAUUGUUUUUUUAGUCAGUCAUAACGGAUAAGUCAAUAAUAGAUCAGUUCAUGACAGAUAGUUUUGAUUGUACCUUUCGUCUUUUUCUUGUAAAUAAAGUUUUUUUUUUUAAAACAAGGUUUUCCAUCUCAAAAACAUAAUUGGCGACGAGGAUGGGAUCUCUUUAAAUAUUCCGGAAAUAAUAGCGCGACGAGAAAAACGCGACGUAUUAUCUGAAAUAUUGUGCCGGUCGUAGAAGUGACAAAACAAAAACUUUCUUUCGACUAUCAGUUUCAACUGUUAAGGUGAGAAGCAACCCUGAGAAGGAAGCCAAGAAGCCCUGAUCUUUGGAGUAGCGCCCAAGACGACUUCACUACAAGGAAUACGACACAAAAAAAAAGGUUAGCAAUCCUACCCGUUAUUGACUCCCAGUUUACCCUAUUCUGGACAAAAAAUAGUCACCCUUUUUCCCAAAGUUUUGAGUGUAAAACUUGUAGAACAGUUUUUCCUAGGUUUCUUUAAAAAACCGACAUAAGAGUUUUCCCUAGGUUACUCAUUUAAAAAACCGAUUACUAUAUUUUACUUUAUUGCAUUAAUAAUUAAUCAAGAUUACGUCAGUAAAGCAUUUUAAAGGUAGAAAAGAGCGUAAAGAAAAUAAAAAUAUGGCUCAAGAAAGAAUAGAUUUAACAUUGCCAGAAAAAUUUGGAAUGUUAUUACCUAGAUUUUCAGGAAAAGAAAAUGAGUUGCAUUCGUUCUUACGUAGCGCAGAACAAUUUUUAUUCAUGUUUACAAAUGAAGCCCAAAUAAUUAAAGAUUAUUGUUUCGCAGUUGUAAAAUCGAAACUUACUGAUCGUGCAUUAGCAGAGGUAUCUACUUCUGAUAUACCUAACAAUUGGGUCGUUCUUAAACGAUUCUUAAAUACGAAAUUCGGAGAUCAAAUAAAUUUAGAUGUAUUAAUUCAUCAAUUGCAAUUUUUAGCAAAGAAGCCACAUGAAGACAUGUUGAAUUUCAUUGAUAGAAUAAUAUCGUUGAAAAUUCGAAUUAAUUAUAGAAUAGAUUCAGAUCCUAUGCCUGAUCCAGAGAAAUUAAUUUAUAAAUCGAAUAUUUUAAAAAUAUGUAAAACAGUAUUGAUAUCGAAUUCCCCAAUGGAAUUACGAACUUAUUUGAUUACUAACAAUGCAUUUAACUUUGAUAAUACCGUAAACGCUGUAAAAGAUUAUUUAUGUAAUAUGGCUCAGUAUGAAUUAUUAGACAGAAGUCGAAAUAAAAAUCCUAUACAUGAAAAUGUAUCGAGAAAUAAUUAUUCCGAUCAUCGCAAUAAUACAAACAAAUACAAUCAUUUUUCAAAUAAUAAUUAUCGAACGCAGCAUUAUGAAACGCAGCAUAGAUUCCCUUCGAGACCGAUACAAUUUACGCAACGUCAAGUAAAUACUCAUUAUCCUACGCAACGUGAAACGUUUGGUGUUCCAAGUACGUCGAGAAAUCAAAACGUUUUUAAACCGAAUCCAAAUCAAAGAAUAACUACCCCACCUGAAAGAAUGUCAGUACAGACACGAGUUUAUCCACAAAAAAGACCUAAUUAUUCAACCCAAUAUCAAAAUAAUCCCCAGAGAAAAUUCUAUAAUAAUAAUGAUAGAAGCCCUGAUUUUCUCGUAGAAGAAUUAACUAAUAUUGAUAUAAAUCCUAAUAAGAGAAAUUCUUUCUCACAACCUUCUACAUCGAAAAGUAACUUCUCAAAUAAACAAAAUUUUCAAGAAACAACCUUAGAAAACGAAUUGACUUAA